GGCUUAUUACGGAUUUUAUGACUGCAGCCUGCAUAAUGGAAUUUGUAAUCAAGUUGUCACAGCCUGUCACCUUGCGUGAAGAUUUAUUGAGGAUUUAAGGCAGACCUGUGUUCGGUUUAAGUCAGUCUGUAGAUAGCUGUGCAAGCAUUCAUUGAAGAUGAUGCCUUCCACAUGGAGACCGGUCCUCUGGGUCCUAACUUCUAGUUUUUUACUCGUGACGUCACAGCCAUCUGGCGGGGGAGCCGAUCUCACAAAUCGUCAGCACGCUGCCUUUGUCGGGGGUCGAAACUCAGUGAUACAGGCCGGACAGGCCUUCCAGGCUGCCAGGGCCGGCAGGGUUCUAGCCAGAAGUGAAAUGAUAAAUUUUACUGAGUACUUUUGUAACUCGGUGCAAGAACAGUGCAACGUCUGGUACCCUUACAGAACUCCCAACAGCGUCUGUAACAACUUGGCCAACCCAAGAUGGGGAUCGGCACCUACUCAGAUGAGACGUUUCUUAGCACCUGCUUACGGAGAUGGCAUAAGUCUUCCGCGUACAAAGAGCGUGACUGGUGCUGAUCUUCCCAGCGCGCGGUUCAUCAGUUUCAUUGUCCACGUCACCGAGGACCCUGACGACAUCCCCAAGUACCGAGACUUCACCCACAUGGUCAUGCAGUGGGGACACUUCACCGACCACGACAUCACACACUCACAACUACAAACACGCCCUGACAGAAGGCCAUUGCUUGAUGACUGUUGUCUCGAAGGAGCCGCCGCAUUCGCUGCGCGCGCACUACCUGGAGGAAAUCCCUGUUUUCCAAUCUCAGUUCCACCGAAUGACCCGUUCUUUGUUGGUCGCACCUGUUUGAGCUUCACGAGAUCGAUACAAGCGCCAAAUCUACAGUGCCAACUUAACGGGCCAGUAGAACAAGUGAACGCCAUAACGUCCUUCUUAGAUUCGUCGAACGUGUACGGAUCGAGCAAGGAGGAGAUCGACAUCCAUAGACUGUGGGUGGACGGUCUCCUCAACUUCACCGACUAUAACCUUCUUCCAACUGACGAGAAAGAAACAGCUAUGGGAGUUUGCAAUGCGCCUUGCUUCGAUGCAGGUGAUACCCGCAGGAACGAACAGAUGGGUCUUACCAGUAUGCAUACCUUAAUGAUGAGGGAACACAACCGAAUUGCGAGGACUCUUAAAAAAUACAACCCACACUGGAACGAUGAGAAACUCUUUCAAGAAAGUAGAAAGAUCGUUGGUGCAAUGGCUCAGAAAAUAACCUACAGCGAUUGGCUACAACUCAUACUGGAUCCUCUGACACGAAGGAAAAACAACAUUGACUCAACCGGGCCUGGCUUUGCCAAUGUCUAUGAUCCAACUAUCGACCCCAGUAUUCGAAAUGUAUUUGGAGCUGCAGCGUUUCGGUUUGGUCAUACUCUUGUCCGAACAUUCUUCAGCCGACGCCGUCCAAACUACUCCGUCAACGUCAUCCACAGAACCAGUGACUUGUUCGGCAAGACCAAGAUCAUAAGAGACUCCAGAGGAAACGCUGUACAUGAAUUCCUACGUGGUCAGCUUGUUGACUCAGCUGGUAAGUUUGACCGUCACAUAACUCCUACCUUGACCAAUGAGUUGUUCAAGAGCGGAACAAACAGUUUGGACCUGGCAGCGUUCAACAUCCAGCGUGGUAGGGAUCAUGGCACCCAGUCGUACAACGCCUGGAGAGAGUUCUGUGGUCUCCCUAGGGCCUAUUACUUCACAACAGGAUAUGGAGGCUUCACGGAUCACACCGAGGAUGCCGUGCAUCAGCUGGCUAAAGCAUAUGCAGGCUUAAGCCCGGAUGACGUUGAUGUGUUCCCCGGUGCCAUAUCGGAAAGACCUGUGCCAGGUGGCAUUGUCGGACCAACCUUUGCCUGUUUAAUCGGGAGACAGUUUGGAUUCAUCAAGAAAGGGGAUCGCUUCUGGUAUGAACUAAACAGACCGGUGACAGGUUUCUCAAGAGCCCAGUUGGCCGAGAUCAGGAAGGCCAGUCUGUCCAAGAUCAUCUGUGACAAUACAGACACCUUCUUCGUACAAGCGAAUGCCUUCAGGAAAGCACGUAGAUACAGGAACCCCUACCAGUCCUGUUAUGCUCUUCCACAAGUGGACCUGAGUAAGUGGUGCGAAGCGACCUACAAGAAAUGGUAGACACGCCAUCGACAUGGCAUGGUUCUUCAAGAAUAUGCAGACACAACAUAACCAAGUGCAAACACAGAUAAUUUUCAAGAGCAAAACAUCAUGUCAUUAAUAUGUAUGUAAAUUGCAAAAACUGCAAAAAGGACUUUGAAUAAAAUUCAGAUACACA